GCCGAUGACAAGCUUGGAGGUGCUUUGCAAGACUUGCAGAGAAAGCUCGUCGAAGCCCAGAAAGUUGGAGAAAAGGAGCCGCAAGUCAAGGAACAACUCACUGCUUCUGGUUUUGCUGCAGCCGUCCCAUGGUUUCAUGACCUCGGUGCCAAGUUCGUGUCCAGGAGUCAAAAGACAGUUGAUGACAUGUCUGACGCCGUGCGUGUUCAGGGCAAAGCUGUGGGCAAAAUGCUAGAGUCUUUGCCAGGCUUUGACAAUGAGGACAAGUACCGUGGCAAGGGCUUGACGGUUGUGCAGAAGCUUGCUGCAGACACAAAGCAACUGUCUGAGAAGAUAGAGAGCCUUGAAAAUCAUGUUGCAAGCUUGAAGGCUGCCGAAACAUUGGACUUUGGAUUGGGGCCUCUGGCCAAGUCAGCCAUGGAGGGCGAAGAACUUGGCACUGAGGUGAAGACAUUAAAGGGCAUUUUGGCAACCGCUUCUUUGCAUGUUGCGCUAGUGGCAGGCCUGUGUGUUCUGAGGAAUCCCGAGCUGGGCAGUGCUUCUGCUCAGGGCAGCAAGGCGCUGAAGGAGUUGCGGCCAAUAGUUGAGACCUUGCAGAAACAUUUGGCAGAGUUGCCUGAGGGGGGAG